AUGACAGAGUGUAAACCCGUUUCCACACCAUUCGCUCUCAAACAUGGCCUUCACCAAGACAGUAAUACACUUGUUGAUGCUACUCAGUACCGUCAGAUUGUUGGCUCACUACAAUAUCCUACUCUUACGAGACCAGAUAUUUCUCAUGUAGUUAAUUUUGUUAGUCAGUUCAUGCAUCGACCCACAAUUAUACAUCUCACCGCUGUGAAACGUAUCUUACGGUACCUAAAUGGUACUUUGGACUAUGGGAUUCGCCUACUCUCUAAUUCCACUCUUAACCUUUAUGCCUUCUCUGAAGCGGAUUGGGAUGGCUGUUUAAAAAUCCGACGUUCAACUACUGGAUACAAUAUCUACCUUGGUUCCAAUUGCAUCUUUUGGUCGUCGAGGAAACAACCAACCGUGUCUCGCUCCAGUACAGAAGAUGAGUACAGAUCCAUGGCCGCUAGUACUGCUGAUCUCACUUGGGUCACCUAUCUAUUACGUGAACUUGGUAUUGGUCUUGACAAACCUCCUGUGCUAUUUUGCGACAAUAUUAGUGCUCAUUAUCUAGCUAAAAAUCCCAAAUUUCAUGCACUACAAAGCACAUCGAGUUGGAUUAUCAUUUUAUACAAGAAAAGGUUGUUAAUGAUUUUGUAA